AUGGUCUUUCGCUCAAGCUUCCAACACCAGCCGCUCGUGCUGAAAGUGGCUAAAGGCCGAGGGCCAGAGGGCAUGCGACAGGUCGCUGCGGCCGGACAGGAGGUUGCGGACGAGUUCGGCGUUCUCACAGCCGUCGGCCAACACCCAAACGUCGUGCGAGCGUUCGCGGUUCUCACCAGCUCCCUUGGUCGGCCGGCCUUGCUGCUGGAGGCAGCCACGGAGAGCUUGCGUGCCGCCACUCGCAGGCUCAAAGACGACCGAGUCUCCUGGCCGACAAACCGCAAGACACUUCUGCCGUUCUUCCAGCAGUUCCUGCUCGGCCUCUCGUACGUGCACGGCCGUUCGUUUUUGCACCUCGACAUCAAGCCAGACAACAUUCUGGUCUUUAACGACGUCCGAGCUGCCGUCGCCGACUUCGGACUCGCCCAGAAGGUUGUGCAGGAUGGCUGUUCGGUCAUCGGCAGUCGGGCCUACAGCGAAGCUUUCCGCUGCCCGGAGUGCCUCCUUGCAGCCGACAGCCAGGUGCGAGUGACGUUCGCAGCAGACGUCUGGGCGGCGGCCGUGACCUUCUUCGAGACUUUCUGCCCGCCGAAGACGUCGCUCUGGAAAGUCUCCCCGCAGACGUUCGUGCGGGAGACGGAGGAGGCCACUGCCAGGUCUGUUCGCGACAUGGCCACUCAGCUUUCGGCCAAAGUGAUGCCGUACGACAAGAUCAUGCUCCAGGUGCUCGAGAGGUCGUUCGUGCCGGCAAAACAGAGGCUGUCUCUUGCCACCUUCCUGGCUCUGACUGAGAAGCCGGUCACUCCAAGGUCUUUCGACGACACCUUCGUUCAGCAGCAGACUGCUCCGGUCGCCUCAAACUGGCAGAUUUGGCACUCGUGCUGCUUCGCACCUAUCGUCGUUCGAGUCGCCUUCGGAAAGGCACUCUAA